AUGAGCCUCGGGCGUUUGGCUAGAUUAGAACAUGAUGUCGAUCAUAUCUCGUCUUGGACUCUUUCCCAACAACAUGGCCGUUUUAGCGCUCUAACUAGUGCUUGGGCUCAACAUGGUGGCCUUAUGUUUGUGUUUCUGGCUGAUUCGGGGAUGAUAUCAUGA